CUUGUUCAAGUUUAUAAGGCUUAAUUAAAUUAAAAUUAAAUCAAACAAUAACUAGCAUUGCUUUGAAUGAGCAAAAUGUACAACAAUUGCGAAAUAAAUUACAGCAGGCAGUUUUGAUAAACCCAAACAGCCUUAAAGAUUGGUAUAUUUUCAUAUUUUUCUUUUCCUUUUGUGUUAAAAAAUACGCAGUCUAGUGGGAAAUUAAAACCGUACAAAAUCCCUUUUGAUAAUUAACGUUAUAUUCGUUAUAGCUAAUGGUGCAUUUCCUUGAAUGUGCCCUGCCUUGAAUGUACCCGUAGCUGGCUGCUUUACCUUUUGACUGAAAUCUUCAAGCGCGCUGCGGAGAGCGCCGUCACACCAUGGCCUCCAGCCUGGGCCAGCUGCCGGUGACGGCCGACAAUGUCCAGGAGGCGAUCCGGCUCAUGUACGGCCAGUCCAACCCGGACCCGGCGGCCACGCAGGCGGCCAGUCGCUGGCUCUCGGCCGCCAAGGCGUCGCCGCAGGCCUGGGACUUCCUCUGGGUGCUGCUGAUGCCAGACAAGAGCGAGCCGGAGCAGUUUCUGGGCGCCACCUUCCUGCGAGACAAGAUCCGCGAGCACUGGGGCGAGCUGCCGCAGGAGCGGGCCGCCGCGCUCCAGAGCCGCGUCCUUGAGGCCACCGUGUCGGCACAGACCAAACAGGGCUCGGCCUCCAGAACACUGACGGAGGCGCUGGCUGCGCUGGCGGUGCAGAUGACCCCCGACCAGUGGCCCGAUGUGAUUCCCGACCUGACCCGCACCUGCCAGAGCCUCGGCGACGCCCGGCUCGGCGCCAAACUGCUGCUCAGCGUCCUCACCGAGAUGCCCAACGAGAUAAACAAAUGUCUCAUCAGGCCAGCAAAGCGGCAGGCUGUGAAGGAGUGUCUCAGGAAACACAUUCCACAAGUGCUGGAGCUGGUGCUGUCGCUGCUGAAGCAGGGGCCCGACGAACAGGUGGCCAGCCGUUGUAUGGAGCUGCUGGGCGCCUGGGUCGACCUGGACCUGCUGGUCACAGACCUGCUGCCCGUGCUGGACCUCGUGCUGGUGCCGUUCGUCGGGUCGCCCGCGCUGAUCAGUGUGACGCUGGACAUGAUGGACCGGGUGGUGAGCAGCCCGGCCAACUACAACUACCCCAGCAGCGUGCUCCAGCUGGCCGUCCGCGUCCUCACGCUCACACCCUUCAUCAAACAGUUCGUCGACGAAAAGGAGCCGGAGUCUCUGGUAGCGCUGGGGAACGUGUUCACCUCCCUGGUGUCAUCCCACUCGCGGACGUUCGUGUCAGCUCUGACCGGCUCAGACGAGAGCCAGGCGGAUAUAGCCCGGCGCACAAUCGGUGCCGUGCUCGACCUGGCCUCCGUGCCGGGCCGGUACCCGACCGAUGAGACCGUCUCCGAGCUGACCUUCGGCGUCUGGUACACGCUGCAGGACGACAUCCUGGCGUCUGACGAGCACAAGGAGCAGCUGACGGAGCAGCUGCAGCCCGUCUACAGCGCCCUCCUCAACGUCAUGGUGCAGAAGUCGAUGCUGCCCAAGGAUCCGAGCGAGUACAGUCCAGACGAGGCCGAGGCCUUCCGACGAUACAGACAGGACAUUCUCGACUUUUAUACGUACACACAGUCGCUGCUGGGCGACUACAUCCUGAACUCGUUCAUCAUCUACCUGCACGGCGCCAUGCAGGCUGUAAGGGAGGACCCGUCCAACUGGCCGGCGCUGGAGUCGGUUCUGCACGGUCUCACAGGUCUGGGCGAGUCCUGUGACGACGACCUGGUGCUGGUGGACAGCAUGCGGACCGUGCUGUUGACGCUGCCCGAGAUCCCCUACAGCAACAACAAGAAGCUGAUGGCAGCCGCACUCAAACUCAUCGACUCGAACAGCGCCUGCCUGGACCUCCACCCGGACUGCCUGUUCAAACUGAUCCCGAUGCUGCUCGCCGGUCUCACCGAUCCCGACGUGGCGCUCUACUCUACCAUGGCGCUCAAAGACAUCUGCCAGGAGGCGCCGGCGUCUAUGGCGCCCCACGCAGCGCAGGUCCUCACGGCGUGCAAGGAGGUACUCCAGGCUGACCGGCUCUCCGGCCGGGAGUGUGUCCGACUGAUGUACGUCGUGGGCUCGCUGCUGCGGUUUGUCACCGAGCACGAAGAACGACUCAAGGUUAUGGACGACAUCAUUAGGCCUUUCAUCCAGGAGUUCAAGCGACUCGUGGAUGGAAAAGACUCUCAGAAGGUGAUCAGCAGCAAGAGCCUGCUGGUGGUCCGGGUCAACAUGUUCGCCUCGCUGGCGUCGGCAAUGGCGUUCGACGACGAGCAGUCGGCGGGCGGCCAGCUGGCGUCGCCGCUGCUGCUGCUGCUGCGCGAGCUGCUGCCGUCGCUGCUGUUCCUCGCCAAUUGCGGCUCAGAGGACGAGGUCAUGGCGGAGUGCAUCUGCCACUUCCUGCAGCGCAGUAUGAGCAGCCUGGACGACGCCAUGGAGCCGUUUGUGGACGCGUCUCUGAACAUCCUGAGCACGCUGUACUCGAAGGAGCCGCACCCGCAGGUGCUCGACCUCGUCAGACAGAUGCUGCUGACGUUCCGUCUGGAGGGCCCGCUCGGCCCUGUGAUGCAGCAGGUGUUUGGCCAGGUGUGCGCCGGCAGCGUCCGCUACUUCUCCGCUGACCUGGGCCGCUACCCCGAGUCGCUGGUGAAGUUCUGGGAGGUGCUGUCGCAGCUGGUGAAGAAGCGACCCAACUACCUGACCGGCGUGCCCACUCAGCUGGGAGACCUGCUUCUGCUCGCCUCUGCGUGUGUGACGCUGCCCGACCGGCGCGUCAUGUGCUCGUCGUGCUCGUUCCUGGCGCACCUCAUCUCCAAGGCGCCCGAGCACCAGGUGUUCGCCUCUCACCUGGGCACGAUCGGUGCUCAGCUGGUGCACCAACUGCUCACGGCCAUCGGCGGCGCCGUACCCCGGGACUGUGUCGACCACACGGCUGACGUGUUCCUGGCGAUGAACCGGGCGAACGCGGGCGACCUGAGCCGCUGGCUGACCGCCGUCCUGGCCCAAGAUGACUUCCCCACCCGACGAGUCAACGACGCCGACAAGAAGAUCUUCAUGAAACAUGUGCUCCACAACCGCAGCAACAUGACCUUCCUGCGCGGCAAGGUGGCCAUAUUCAGCCAGCAGUGCCGCGGCCUGUACGGGUCCGAGUACGCGGCGGCGACACUCAACACGGGCGACCCGCCCUCCGUCUGAGGCGGCGGGCGGUGGGAGACCCGCCCUCGUAGCGCCCACGGAAUGGUGGGCGCGAAGAGCCAAAACAUCGCUGGGUAAGGUACAAGCAGGCCAAACCGGGCCAAACUGUGCGAGAGCUGCAGUUAUCAGACCGAUCUGAACUACCUACUUCACUGAGCACAUAUAAAUCAUCGUGUAUAGGCAGUGCGCAGUAAUAGACGAACAACGAUCGGUGUUUAAUGAACUCCUGUGUCUGAUCGGGAUUUGUGGCAGCAUGGUAGCCGUUACAUUCUGAGGUUAUAUCCUCUCACUUCCUACCUUCGCCCUCUGCCGAGUGGUCGCGCUCGGUGGUAGGAUAGUGUCCGUAAUUGCAGGGUAGCGUUCAAACGGAGCGACUUUCACGAUCUGAUGGGCUUUUAGACCUCGCGGCUCGUGUGCCGGGCACAGCUCCUCUCGUCGCCGGAGGCUGUCGGUGGCGGAGUCGCCCAUGUCGCGUCUCGGGCCUGUCUGGGGACUGUGAAGUGUUACCUGUGUUCGGCGGGCGGCAAUAGCCGGGUGUGGGACGCCGCGUGUUGUCUGUAGUGCGCGGAACGCGCCGGCCCGCUCGCUGUAUUCUGUGAUAUUAUUUACAAUGGCCAGAGGAGCGCGGCGCCACCGCGCCGCGCGGCACGUGGCUUUUCGUACGUUUUAGCGCUUUAUUUGACGAUGCGCCGUUCAUUGAUUUGUAAAAUACACUAUCUGCCCGUGA